GGCGGUGUGUGGGGGCCGCCAUUUUGCGGGAGAGUGAUCCGCGUUUUAUUUCCUUACGCUUUUUUCUCUUUUCUAGCUCUUACUGUGGCUUCGUCCGGCCUCCGAUCUUAGAGUCUUCAAACCACAGACUUUUCCUGUUGCUCUGUGAUGUCAGGACCUUCUCCACAACUAGGCCGUUUUCCCUGACUGGUGUCAUUUUUGACCUCUUCACCUCUGACUCAAAGGUCAGCUCAAAGUUUCCAUAUUCGGGCCUGGGAUGUGAAGGGGUACAAGACCUAAGUUCCCUAAAUAUUUAGUUUUGGGCCCCAAAGUCCCUUCCAGUGGUUCUCAACCUUCCUAAUGCCCCAACCCUUUAAUACAGUUCCUGUGGGUCAUGACCCACGGGUUAAGGUUAACAGGCCUAAAGUUUAGACCCUUGACUCCUGCUUUUCAUAUCCUGAAGUUGACCCAUGAGUUUCCAAAUCUAGUCUCAGAGAAUAGGUUAACUCAUAGUGAGUCCUUCUAAAUGUCCGUCCCUUAACAUCCCAAGGUACCCCAGGCCCGUACCACAGCUGUGGUUCCAGAUUUAAGGACCCAUUCCGUUAAUCCUCAGUUCCUACCUGACUUGAGUGAGUCCCAUUCUCUGAGUCCAUGGUUUCAAAUUUUAGCCUUGGUUCUUUCAGACCCAUUGCUUAACACCCAAAUUCUGGAGCUCAGAUCUAAAACCUUUAAAAUCUUCAUCCCUGAAGCCAAGCCCUUUUGAAGGAUCCUUGCCCUUCCCAUUCUCACCCCUUCAGUCCCUCCUGUAGACCUCAAAAUGACUUCUCCAUACUCUCCCCUAAAACCAGCAAUCCCUCCUCCAGGAGCCUCUGCACCCCUACCCCCCAUCUUCCCACCUCCUCCCCUACCCCCCAGUCCUCCAGACUCAGCUUUUUCACCCCCUUCCUGUAGUCUCCAAUCCCCUAUUCCCCCACCACCCCCAACACUGCCUCCACCUGCUCCUAAGGGGGCUGCUCCCCCUCAUGUCUUCGGUGUGGAGAAGAGCCAGCUCCUGAAGGAGGCUUUGGAAAAGGCUGGCCCAGUCCCCAGGGGCAGAGAAGACGUGAAGAGGCUUCUGAAGCUGCACAAGGACUGGUUCCGGAGUGACCUGCAGUGGAUCCUCUUCUGUGCCGACCUGCCGUCUCUCAUCCAAGAAGGCCCUCAAUGUGGACUGGUGGCCUUGUGGAUGGCAGGCACUCUCCUGUUGCCCCCCAACGGCAUCCCCCUUGAAAGACUUGUGCAGGUGGCCCUGGAGAGAGGCUACACAGCCCAAGGAGAAAUGUUUUCUGUGGCCAACAUGGGCAGACUGGCCCAGGAGGUACUGGGCUGCCAAACCAAGCUGCUCUGUGGUGGCCUGGGCAGUCCCAACAGAGACCUUGUCCUGCAGCACCUUGUCACUGGACAUCCCCUGCUCAUCCCCUACGAUGAGGACUUCAACCACGAGCCAUGUCAGAGGCAGGGACACAAGGCCCACUGGGCAGUGAGUGCAGGGGUCUUGCUGGGUGUACAGGGUGUCCCAAGCCAUGGCUACACUGAAGACCCUGAGCUGCCAGGCCUGUUCCACCCAGUGCCUGGCAUACCCUGCCAGCCACCAUCCCUACCAGAGGAAGGGUCCGAAGGCGCUGUCUACCUUCUUUCCAAGCAGGGGAAGAGUUGGCACUACCAGCUGUGGGACUACAACCAAGUCCGGGAUAGCAAUCUGCAGCUGACAGACUUCUCACCCUCACGGGCCACCAAUGGUCAGACGUACGUGGUGCCUGCUGGCGGGGUGAGGGCUGGCCUCUGUGGCCAGGCACUGCUGCUCAGACCACGGGACUCCAACCACUAGCCUGGCUCUGUCACCAUUUGAAGAAUGUUCCAGCUUCUCCCACUAUGCAGCAACCCACAGGUUUGGACUGGGUCUCAGAGGGACUCCAGCCCAGUGAUUCUUCAUCAGGAUCAGCCUCAUCCAUCCUGUCGGAAACCUGGGCAUUGUCUCAACUGCCCAUUCCAUCCCCUCCAAUACUAAGCACCCACUGAUCCCUCUCUCCAAGGAAAGACAACAACUCAGACCCUACAACUUGUCCCCCUAACCUAAUUGUUACAUCUAUCUGUUUCUCACUGGGAACCUCCUCUUCUGAACCACAGUCACCUUACUAGCCAUCUGCAGGAGCCACCUGCCUGGAUGCUCUGCUGCUCCCCAGUCUGCUCACAGGACAGGGAUUGAGCUGGCCUCAGCGCACCUCUCUUUAGCCUUGGCUGGUCUUCCUCACUGUCUGCCUGCCAGCCUUGCUGGGUCCCUACCCUCAGCCUCACCCCAACCCUCUUAAAGAUCACUCUGUCUUCAUC